GCUGGUGAGCAAUCAGACAGAGGGGACCGCCUAUCGCUGUAAAAGUUCUUCCUCCACUCCGAAGGGUCAAAGUCUGUACGAAACCAACGACUACAGUCAAAGGCAGAUUUGACGCGAUUUCACCUCAAGAGGCGGAUUAAUAAAGUUUACAUUUUCCAAGCCUGAUGGCUCCACUGCUGAAAUGCAGCCUUUUUAUUCUGCUGGCGUGCGUAAUAACGCUCGUUCCUGUGGAGGCAGAAGGAAAAGGCUUUCACAGACAGAAAAGAGAAUGGAUCAUAGCUCCCAGACAGCUCGUGGAGAACCACGAUUACACAACCUUGGAUCAUAUCGCUAGAAUUCGCUCUGAUAAGGAGAACUACACCACAAUAUGGUAUUAUCUAUCGGGGCCUGGUGUUGACCAGUCCCCUGUUGGUAGAUUUGCUAUUGACCGUGACACUGGCUUCGUGAAAAUCUUUUCCAUUCUGGACCGAGAGGAGAUAUCCUCCUAUCAUUUACGAGGCUUGGCAAAAUUCACUGAUGGGACCCUUGCUGAAAAGGAUAUUGACCUUUAUAUUACUGUUUUGGAUGUAAAUGACAACCCACCGAUCAUUAAAGUACAGCAAGUUGGAUAUGUCAAUGAAUCAAGUGCAGCAGAUACUGUUGUGAUGAAAGUGAUAGCAACUGAUGCUGAUCAAGAGAACACACCCCACUCCAAGAUUUCCUACAAAAUUGUGGGGCAGAGUAGCACAGCUGGGAUGUUCUCCAUCAUCUCUGAAACUGGAGAGGUCAUUGUUCGACAAAGCACUCUAGAUAGAGAGACACAGGAUACAUAUACAUUGACUAUACAAGCAUCAGAUAUGGGUGGAAAAGACGGAGGACUGUCAGGAACCGGAGAAAUUGUGAUCAAAAUUCUGGACAUAAAUGACAAUAUUCCAACCCUGGAAAAAGAAUCGUAUGAAGGGAGUGUGCAGGAGAACACUAUCAAUGUAGAAGUGAUGAGGAUCAAAGCCGUUGACAUGGAUCUGAUUUACACUGAAAACUGGCUGGCUGUAUAUGAAAUUGUUUCAGGGAAUGAGGCAGGCUAUUUCACUAUCACUACUGAUAAUCGGACCAAUGAGGGAAUUAUCAUGAUUCACAAGGCCUUGGACUAUGAGGAACUAAAGACGCUCAACUUGGAAGUGGCUCUUUCUAACAAAGCAGCAUACAAUUUUGGCAGUGGGAUGAUGACUGGGCCUAUAAUCCCAAAAACCUACCCCAUUAAAAUCAAUGUGAUCAAUCAGAAGGAAGGCCCCCGAUUCCAACCAAGUGUCAAAGUGGUGACUAUCUCUGAGGACCAGUCUUCUGUCUUCAUCAACAAAGUUAUCACUACCUACUCUGCUAUUGACAGUGACACACUAAAAACAGCCACCAACGUAAGGUAUGCUAAAUUCAAAGAUGAGGGCAACUGGUUGAUUGUUGAUGAGAAGACGGCAGAGAUCAAGCUGAAUAAGCUUCCUGACAGAGAGUCCAAGUUAUUGAUCAAUGGAACAUAUUAUGCUGAAAUUAUAUGCAUCUCCAAUGAUGAUUCCUCAAAAACUGCCACAGGGACUAUAGCCAUUCAGGUGGAGGACUUUAAUGAUCACUGUCCGAAACUGACCACUGCAAUCCAGACCAUGUGCCUCGAGGAUAGUGUCAUCUACGCCACAGCCAUAGACGAAGACAAGUUUCCCAAUUCUGCACCAUUUGAAUUCACUGUGAUUCAGGGGAGCAGCCAGGGGGGAUGGAAAGUGGAGUAUCUUAAUGAAACCACAGCCAUUCUGCGAGACCAAGCCAACUUGUGGCCAGGCACAUACAAAGUGGCAUUGGAGAUCAAAGACCAGCAGGGAAAGUCAUGUGCUGAUGUUCAGAUGAUGGACGUAAUUGUGUGUAGUUGCCAUGAUGUCACUAAAACCUGUACGCAGCGCACUGCAAAGACUGUGGAUUUUGGAGCUAAAGGUGUCCUGCUUCUGCUCCUGGGACUGCUGCUUCUGCUAUUGCUGCCCCUUCUGCUGCUGUUCUGCCUGUGUGGAGGUGCAGCAGCUAUUGGAGAUUUCAAGGCCAUCCCAUAUGAUACGAAGCAACAGCUCAUCUCAUAUCACACUGAGGGACAGGGAGAAGACAAGGAAGUACCUCUUUUACAUAUCCCAGUGGAAGUUGAUGGUGGCACAAUGAAUGCCAAAAACAUCAACACCUAUGAGGGAAAGGGGAACUUUGGAGAACUGAAUGAAUUUGGAGCUGCAGCAGGGGGAGACGCAGCCUUCGGCAGGGGCCUAAAUACUUUCACCAUGACAGCCGAGGACAUGCGCCUCUACAACCAAUAUAACCAUUCCGGUUGGCAGGGGGGCUUGGACUACAGUAAUGCUGGGAUGAUGACAGGACAAGAAAAUAAUUUCUCCCAUUACAGGGCUGGGGCCUUUGAUGGGAUGGCUCUAUCUGAUCAGUUCCUGGAGGAGUAUUAUUCAAGUAAAGCCAACCAUGCUGCACACCAAUCCCAGCAAAAGGACGCUCUGCUGGUCUAUGACUAUGAGGGUAAGGAGUCCCUGGCAGGUUCUAUAGGUUGCUGCAGCCUUCUUGAGAAUGAUAAUGACCUUGCGUUCCUCAAUGAUCUCGGGCCUAAAUUCAAAACCCUGGCUGAGGUUUGUCAGGGGUCGACCUUGGUAACGGAGUCUGUGGAUGCAGAGCUUUCUUUCUCUCCACCCAGACCAGUGUCUCCUGUCCGGCCCUCCACCCACACAUAUGUCCAUACUCACACAGAAAAAAUCAGGGACAGGGACCACGCCAACAUCAACACCCUCAACACCUCCAAUGUAGCGUCUGGAUCCUCCACCAUUGUGCAUGAGGAGAGAAUCACUGAGAGAGCCCAGGGUUCAGCCACCGUUCCCACCGUACACAUGUCAAGUGAAACGCUGGCAUGUCAAGGUGUUUUUACCAGGGCACCAACCCAGGCAAUGAGUCAAGUAGGCCAAGUUGGGCUAAGUCAGGGGCUGGUGCAGGUUGGUGGCCUGCAAAGUGGUCAGGGGAUGGUGCAGGUUGGUGGCCUGCAAAGUGGUCAGGGGGUGGUGCAGGUUGGUGGCCUGCAAAGUGGUCAGGGGAUGGUGCAGAUUGGUGGCCUACAAAGUGGUCAGGGGCUAAUGCAGGUUGGUGGCCUGCAAAGUGGUCAGGGGAUGGUGCAGGUUGGUGGCCUGCAAGGUUCUCAUGGUGUGGUCCUUGUAGAUAGGCAAGUAGGAAUGGGUGGAGUGACAGGGCAGGUAGCACAAGGCCAUUCACAAGGAACCCACUCCAGGUCUAGACAGGUGUUAGUGGUGGAGAACGGGUCCUCAGGGGGAGAGCAAGGUGCACACUUAGCACAGGGCUUUGUUCAGACAGGACAUAGGUCUGCAGAGCAGGGUUUGGAGGUAAGAGGUCAAGGUUUGAAUGUUCAAACUGAGAGUUUUUCACUGGGUUCACGCGGUUCUGCGGGAUCAAAUGAGGACUUUACUGUGACAGCCACACCCAAAUUGAAAGGAAGCCAGAGAGUGGUUGUGCAACGUAAGAAGGUCUCUGUCACUGAGAGGAAUAUUGAAUCUAGUACAAGGGCGUAAAGCAGCCCUUUUGUUUAGCAUAUACACUAGUCACACUAGUUUAGAUAUAUACUGAAAUAUAUUUCAGUAUACUAAAAUAUACUACAGUAUGUAAAUACAUACAGUAGAUGGCCAUACAGAUAGAUAUUGUGAUAACUUGUGGUAACCUGGUAAAAAGCAUACUUUAGUCUGCUUAACCAAAAGGGCAAUACUGUUUGUUCACAUCUAGUGAUAACACUACUGCUCAGUGUAACACAUGGCAUUGACUACAUGACUAUCAUGGCCAUAAAAAGCAUUGCAUGUCCAAUACUUAGCAAAAUGUAAUUCCCCUCUUUCUCUAGUCCCAAGAAUGCCCAUUUAAGCACCAAAUGACUUAAAACCAUUCAAUUUAUUUCAGGUAGAAAACUGCAUGGCUUCAGUGCAGGAACAGCCAAAGUAAAUAUAACAGAACUUUAUAAACAAAAAGGUUACCUGCCCCUACAUGUCCGAUUACAGCUAUAUGCAAGUGUCAGAUAGAUGCUCCUAAAGGCUCGCAAGGUUAUUAUAAUGGAUGCAAAAUCAUAGCACCUGACAAAUAAUCAUGUCACUGGUACGGAUUAAUACUCUUAAUAAACUGUUAUAUAUACACUAUGAUCACUCUGUCCUGUGGGGCAGAUACAAUCUUACUUAUUGCUUUUCUAGAUUAGAACAACACAGCAUAGAGCUCUUCAGUCACUUGCCUGUAAAAAUUACUCUAAUUAUACCGUAAAUUGUUAGUCUGAGAAGCACAAUUAUUUUGAGAGUGACUAAAGUCUAGGUAUAACAAAGUAGUUACUAUAAUGUUGCAUGUAUCCAUAUAGGCUUGGAACAGUGCUCUGGGUACUAUAUUUUCAUAGUGUGGUGUGAUGUAAAAAUGCUUUGGUUGCAUUUUGGAAUAUUUUAGCUUCCGCCAUGCCAUAAGCCGUUCUGCUGACCUUUUAGAUUGCUGAGUUAUACUGGAACAUAGAUAAAUGCUGUUUGUAAUGUACAAGUGAUGAAAGCACCCUCUGCAGAAGAACCAAAGUGUUUGAAUGAUAUAGUGCACCAAGAAGGGAGUAGACUGUUUCAGUAUCAGUAGACAAUAAAGUCAUCAGACUAUAAGCCAAAGAAGAGAAUACUGCACAAA